AUGGCAGAUGUUCUUCCAACCCUGGCGCAUUUGCCAGAGAGCCUCCAGACUACUGCGUCCUUUAACCUUGAGGAAGAGCCCUGCCGCGUGGUGGUGUCCAAAGGUGGCGCCGUCACGGCCGUCACGUUGCCCAAGGAGGUGCGCUCCAUUCUCGUGAGUCGCAAGACGGAGGGCGGAAAGCUGGCUGCAGCCAUGCGUGCGCGCUUGCUCGGAGAAGAUGGACAAAGUUAUGAAGCCUUAGAACUGAAGAUGGCAGGCAAAAGUGCUUGCAGGGAAGCGGCCAUUGCAACAAAGAUUUUGCAGAGGUUCUUUCCAGAGGAGUUGUGCAUCAGCUUCUGGGCGCGCUUCCAGCACUUUGAGGGCUACCGGGCGCAGGGGCUCACGCUCAGCGUUGUGAAGCUGCGAAAAGUGGUACUCACCAAGAUGUUGCCGUUGAAGCAGAAGUAUGUCCUUCCAGAGGCCAAUCCCAAGCGUGGUUUGAAUAGCAAUAGCCAUAAGCGUUCGCAUUUCACAAAAACAUCGCGCAUCGCCAUGGUCAUCGCAGUCAUCGCAGCGGUCCUGUGGGCUACCACUUUCAGCGCCUGGGCGGAUGAAAGUUGCCUCUUACAGGGCAUGCCCGCCAGCCAGGAGUUGCAAGUGGAGGUGAAGUCCCGCGAGGCUCAGGCGGCGCAGUGCCCUGAUGGGACAACGGAUUUUAGCUACGAUUGGACGGGCUUGGACGGACAAUUUCCCAGCGGUGGCUCCUUGACCCCAACGCCACCGACGGGGAUUGCGCCCAAUCUCAACCUGGUAGGUUUUGACAGCAACACUAAUGGCCGCUGCAUCGGCGCGGCCAUUUGGAAUUUCGACAUCAACGACUUUGACUCUGAGCCAAACGGCAUGGGCGAUGCAGAUUUGCAGAAGUGUCCGAAUGGACAGGUUGGCUUGCCAGAUUGCCACAUGCUGGUUGUACGGCAUAGCGGCCCCACCCCUGGCAGAGUGAACGAUUGCGCUCCGCAAGCAAAAACGAGCUCGAAUCCAUCUGCAAUUUACGCAGCUUGCUCCAAGAGAAACUGA